AUGAGUAUUGAUAACGAAAAGGCAGAUAUCGUUGCCGAUGAAGGAUUAUUUGAACAUAGUUCAUCCUCGAGCAUUGGUGAUAGAAAACAUAAAAAUCAAUCUGAUUUAGAAUCAUUACAUUCCAAAGUUGCUGAACCAGGUAAUGGUGAAAAAGGUAAUAUUUUAUCUCAAUAUUCCGAAAAGCAAGUUAUGCAAAUGGGUAGAAAUUAUGCUUCUAAACAUGACUUAGAUGUUGAAUUAUUUGCUAAAGCUGCUGCUGUUGCAAGAGCUCCAACUGAAUUUAAUUCAAUGCCAUUUUUAACUGAAGAAGAAAAAGUUGGUUUAAAUAUGGAAGCUACUCAUAAAUGGCAUAUUCCAAGUAAAUUAAUUGCAGUUAUUGCUUUAGGUUCUAUGGCUGCUGCUGUCCAAGGUAUGGAUGAAUCUGUUAUUAAUGGAGCUACUUUAUUUUAUCCAAAAGCUUUUGGUGUUACAGAAAUGAAGAAUUCUGAUUUGAUUGAAGGGUUAGUUAAUAGUGCUCCUUAUCUUUGUUGUGGGGUUAUUUCUUGUUGGUUAUCUGAUUUUUUUAAUAGCAGACUUGGUAGAAAAUGGACUAUUUUCUGGACUUGUUGUAUUUCAGCUGUGACUUGUAUUUGGCAAGGGUUUACUAAUACUUGGUACCAUUUAUUCAUUGCCAGAUUUAUGUUAGGUUUUGGUAUUGGUAUUAAAUCUGCUACUGUUCCAGCUUAUGCUGCUGAAUGUACUCCAAAACAUAUUAGAGGUUCUUUAGUCAUGUUAUGGCAAUUUUUCACUGCCGUUGGUAUUAUGUUUGGUUAUGUUUUUACUUUAGCUUUCUAUUAUGUUCCUAAGUAUUCAUUUGGAACUGGAUUGAAUUGGAGAUUAAUGCUUGGUUCUGCUUGUAUUCCUGCUAUUUUUGUUUUAGCUCAAAUUCCAUUUGUUCCAGAAUCUCCAAGAUGGUUAAUGGGUAAAGAAAGACACGUUGAUGCCUUUGAGUCUUUGAAACAAUUACGUAAAGAAGAAAUUGCUGCUGCUAGAGAUUGCUUCUAUCAAUACGUUUUAUUACAAGAAGAAGGUUCUUAUAAAAUCCCAACUUGGAAAAGAGCUAUUGAAUUAUUCAGUAUUAGAAGAAAUAGAAAUGGUGCUCUUGGUGCUUGGAUUGUUAUGUUCAUGCAACAAUUCUGUGGUAUUAACGUUAUUGCUUAUUAUUCAUCAUCAAUCUUUAUUCAAUCUGGUUUCUCUGAAGUCUCAUCUUUAAUUGCAUCAUGGGGUUUUGGUAUGAUCAAUUUCACUUUUGCUAUUCCUGCCUUCUUAACUAUUGAUAAAUAUGGUAGAAGAACUUUAUUAUUAAUUACAUUUCCAUUAAUGGCUAUUUUCUUAUUAGUGGCAGGUUUUGGUUUCCUUAUUGAUGAAGAUUCUAAUCCAAAAGGUAGAUUAGGUAUGAUUAUCAUGGGUAUUUAUUUAUUUUCAUGUGUUUAUUCAUCAGGUGAAGGUCCAGUUCCAUUCACUUAUUCAGCAGAAGCUUUCCCAUUAUAUAUCAGAGAUAUUGGUAUGAGUUGGGCUACUGCCACUUGUUGGUUCUUUAAUUUCAUCUUAGCUUUCACUUGGCCAAGAUUAGUGAAUGCUUUCAGUUCUACUGGUGCUUUUGGUUUCUAUGCCGCUUGGAAUAUUGUUGGUUUCUUCUUAGUUCUUUGGUUCUUACCAGAAACUAAAGGUUUAACUUUAGAAGAAUUAGAUGAAGUGUUUGCUGUAUCUGCCAUGAAACAUGCAAAAUAUCAAACUCAAAGUCUUUGGAAUUCUAUUCAAAGAUAUGUUUUACGUCGUAAUAUUCCAGAAUUACCACCAUUAUAUGAUCAUCAAAGAUUAGCCAUUACUAAUCCAGAAUGGAAUGAAAAGACUGAAGUCUCUCACAUUGAAUAG